AUGCCACCAACAAGGCAAGCACUUGCAGCAUUCCUGCUUCCCAGAGAAGGGACUGUGGCUCCUUCGGUUGGCCUUGAAACUCCAGCCUAUAUGUUAAACUCGCAAUCGCUCGAACAGGCUACCGAAGGGGAUGUGACACACGACUUUUUCCAGAAUAUCAGCCCUUUGGUUGAGCUCGCUUUCGGCGACUCGUCGUACUCUAUUCCUCAUCCCGGCUCUUCCCCUGUUCGUGGGGGGCCUAAACUCAAGCCAUGA